GCCCUCUCGCGCUCAGCCCUCGCCCCGCCACGGCCCCCCGCCACGGCCCUCCGCCCGCGGCGCCCCGCGCCGCCUGUCCCGCUGGCGCUGAGCGUGGCCGCCGCCGCCCGCGCCGACCGCCGCCGGCCCGCGCCCCCGGCCCGCACCCCGCCCGCGCCGCGCAACGCGCAACCUGCUCUGCACGGCGAGAUAAAGACUGGACCUUGCAUAGAGAGUUCUGUUAAUUAUACGGUGCACGAAGUUGUGUUUUACGCAUUUCCUGUUACCAAUGAAUAGGUAAUAAUGAUCUUGCCUAUUUUACUUACAUAACUUGCAUCUGUUUCUAUUAGGAGAAAGUAGGAACAGCAAUGCAUGAGAACAUUAUGUUUAUACAUCGUAAACACCUUUAAAUAAAGAAUCAUUAAUGUGAUUAAAAAUGUUAGAAGAUUUACUUUCAAGUAAUGUGUGUAUUAAACUCUUAUGUAUGUCUUUAACACCCAUAGAGUACUAACAUCAAAACACAAUUGGGAGAUAAAAAAUUAAGUUUUGAUUACUUUCAAGUUAUGUUUUUAAAAUAUGAGAACUGAAGAUUCCUACAACAGACACUCUAUUGAUUUCUCCCAGUAAUGCUGUAAGACACAGAGCUUCAAUGGCUGAAUGUGUAGAAUAUAUGAUAAUACUCUUUGUUCUCUCUUGUACUAAUGUACAAAUGCACUUUGUUGUGUGCUGUUAGAGAAGAGCUGUAUAUACUAUUUGAUGACUGUGAGAUAGUGAAUCACUGCCGCAGUUACUAAACUGCAAUUAGCUGUUUCAUCUACAUUUAUCAAACAAAUCAAAGUCUUCUCUUGUUACCAUUGCCAUUUUCCUUGUUGGCAAACCUAAUGUUCUUUUCCACACAGAAAAAAAUGCAUUCCAGAAAGUGUAAGAGAAUUUUACACUUGAAAUGGGAAAAUAACAAUUUUUUUGUAUUGUUUCUAUUAGAACAACUCAUUUUUAAAAUUAUCACACAUCAUUAUUAUUAGUAAUGAUUAAUAUAAAUAUUUAUUAAGUAUAAGCAUUCAAAUUUAGAUUUGUGUGCAACACAACAAAUAAAUUAAUGAAUAAUGACCAAAUAAAUGAUCAUAUACAUGGGAGGAGACUCUUCCUAUCUAAAAGCCUAGUCCAGAGAAAAAUUUUGGUAUAAGUUUUAUUUAAAUAUUCAAAUUAAGGGUCUAGCUCUAUUUUUCUGUUUUAAUCUGUGAUAUGAACUCUGACAAGUCUUGAGAGUCCAUAUCAUCUCUGUGAACUCCCAUUCAGUUUUUUUUAUUUUUAUAACUGUCAUACCUUAUCUACAUCUUAUAAAUAAUUUUGAUUCUACCUGUUCUGAAGCUGCUCACACUUUUCACAAAUAUUCGAACACCUUAAUAAAAUGUCCUAUGGCCAUUGAUAAUUUCUAGCGUUCAAGCCAAAAUUCUAUCAACACCCAAUCUAUUAUCCUUAAAAUUGUAUCACAGUGAAUUUAUUAUGGCAAUGUUUGGGCACAAGCUACUUCAGCUUCAGAGGUCAGUGUCUCACUCUGGCAAGGUGCAAUGCACUAACUCUUCAAAGAAUGUUAUAGUGCAUCUGCACAAGUGUUCAUAAAGUAAUAUAUUUUAAAAAUAUUAGCAUGACUUCAUUCUUGCCUUUGAUUCCAAGUGAGAUAAAUUGGGCUACUUAUUAUAAAAAAUGACAAUCAAUGUUUUAUCAAAUAAUAAUAGCAAAGAAACAUUUUCUGUAUAAAAAAUAUGUUGAAUAUGGAGAGAAAAAAUAUGAAGGAAAGUAAUUUGACAAGCAUUUGCACUAAAAUUUUCUGACUUAUCUUUUACACCUUUGGAAUUAUAAAAAAAACUUUCCUAAUAUUAAAUAUUGUAUUACUUCGAAGGUGGGAAAUGUUAAAAUAAGCAAGAAGCACUCAUUUGCUGUUAAUUGAGAUAUUUUAAAAAUUAAUAAAAAAAUUUAAUAAUUUUCAUUUAAAAUUAAAACAAGAAUACACUGCCAUCAGCAAAAUGCUGUCUUCCUCUUCAAUAUUAUGUUAAAUGUGCUUCCUUUGAAAUACACAUUAGAGUACAUUUUCAGAAUACCAUAAUUCACACACAUAUUCUUGGAACUUGUACUAUGAAGAAAACAAAAUAUGUUCAAAAAAUUUACUUGAAAGAUGGUAAUAAAUUGAUGCAAUCACAUCUGUGACAUGAAUAUUAGCAUACACAAUAAGGUUAUAUUUUCAUGUUUGUAAUACAAAUGAAAUUUUAAAUGUUGGAACAUGUUCUUGUUUGGCAACUUAACAAUAGACUGACACUUACAAAAACAAUAAUUAUGUUACCAGAAGGCAAUUGCCAUCUAUUGAUAAAUUGUAAUUGUAAGUAAAAUAACUAAUUGAAGGACUUGAUCAUAAAAGAUGAUAACCCUCAACAUUGUUCUUUCCGGCACCUUCCAUCUGUUCUCUGUGCAUACUCUAACAUGUAGUAAUGUAUGGCUCUUACAUGGCUCCCAAAUGUUGUCAUUUUUAUGUAACUCACUCAAACCCCUCAAACCAAAUUGAUCACUUGCUUUUACUGUGCUUUGACUAAAUAAAUCAAAUCAAAUCUCAUAUCUGCAAAAUGCAUUUCUGUGUGGGUUAUCAUGUUUUUCACCUCAACCCUUCAAUUUUUAAAGAAUGUUAAAGAAAAUAUUUCAGAAUAGAAAAUUUUGUAGAGAAGAAAUACAUUGGUUGCUUGAAUUUCACAUUAAAGAUUGCUUUUAUCAUGUCUGGAUAAUAAAAGUCACAAUAAAAUCAAAUAUGGUUACAUCUAAGUAACAAAGAGGAAUAUUAUUUCUUAAAACUCAAUGUCUAUGCCAACUGAUCAUCCAUCAUAUCAAUCUAAAACAAUUUUCUGUCAUAUGAUUUUGGGGAAUGGUCAUAUAAUUUGCCUACAUUGCAUUAUAUCCGGUACCUAUAUAAACAAACUUGGUUACAUAAUGAAAAUUUUAUCUUGACAUCUGAAAACACUCCAAUUUUGAUUACACAAACAUUUUCCCAGACCUUCAAUCCUUCUGUUUCAUGUAAGUUCCACAGUUAUUUGGUAUUUGACAUCUCAGAAUUUCCUUACAUCCUGAUUAUCUUGGGUAGAUAUAACUUGUAAUAAAAACAGUGUAAGUUCCUGAUUACAAUAAAAAAUAUAACAAUGCAAAUCAAGAUGAAAAUUAAUGUUAUCCAAUGAAUUUUUGUUUUAACAAAAACAUGGAAAGGUAAUUCACAACAGAAAAAGGGACUAAAAUGUUCUUACAAACAUGGGUCCUAAAAAACUAGGUGAGAUGCCAGAAUGUACUCAUGAGACAUUUGCCCCCUACAAUUGUUUCUACAAGAUCAACUCCAUUGUCAAUACAUCAAUUACGAUGGGUCACUAUAAUAGCAAACUCCAGAUUUAAAUCUUUCCAAUUUUUACUUACUGCUGCUCCAAUAGUUUUGAAGGAGCUAUAGGACCAUAUGUCAGCGAAAUUGCAGGUAUAUACUGAGUCAGAGUGUGGUUAGGAUGGGUUUAUUCUGGUGUACAUUUUACAGUCCAACUAUGCACUGUAGACUUCUAUUGAUAAGGACAAAUCUGAAUUACCACUUCCAAAUUUAUACUACCUCCUCCACUCUUAAUCUACAUUCCAAAAUUUGUCAAUGGAAUUUAACCACUGCUACAUAUUAGUUUA